AUGGCGUUACCCCCUCGAGUCUAUCAGUUUCUAGUGGGCGUCUUUGCGGCCGUGGGAUCGUUCCUAUAUGGAUAUGAUCUUACGAUUGUCGCUGAAGUCGUUGCUAGUCAGUCCUUCCUGGACAAGUUCACUCCUACGACUGCUGAAAUCGGCCUCGUCGCGUCCCUUCUAACGGCCGGUGCCUUUGUCGGAGCUGCAAUCGCUGGAACGAUCAGCGACUAUUUCGGUCGACGCGGCACAAUCUUGAGCGGUGGUCUGGUCUUCUGCCUCGGUGGUGGUCUUCAGACCGGGGCCCCAAACUACAGCUAUAUUAUCAGCGGCCGAUUCAUCGGCGGGAUCGGAAUCGGCAUCCUUACAAUGAUUGUUCCACUCUAUCAGGCAGAGUUGGCCCAUCCAGAUAUUCGUGGACUUGUCACGGGUUUGCAACAGUUCAUGCUUGGUGUCGGUGGUGUAUGCGGUGCCUGGAUCAGCUACGGCACCUACGUCAGCUUCACCGACGACCGCCAAUGGCAGAUCCCAUUUGGUCUGCAGAUUGCCCCAGCCGGAAUACUCUCGGCCCUCAUCUUCUUGUUCCCUGAAUCGCCUCGCUGGCUGCUGCAGAAAGGCAAAGACGAACAGGGUCUCGCCACCCUUGCGAGGCUACAUUCUCAAGGCAAUACCAAUGACCCAUGGGUCAUGGCCGAGUUCCAACAGAUCCAGCUCCAGGUGGCUACUGAGGCUGAGGCCGAGGCCAAGUCCUUGUCUGAGCUAUUCCGCACCAGGGCCAAUUUUCGUCGAGUCAUGCUUGCCUGCGCUAUCCAGGCUGCUACACAAAUGACGGGUAUCUCGGCCAUCCAGUAUUAUUCCGUUACCAUCUUUAAGCAAAUUGGCAUCAACGGCACCGACACCCUCCGAUAUCAAGCCAUCAAUUCUGUCAUUGGGCUCAUCGGUGAGAUUGUCAUUAUGGCAUUUGUCGACAAGGUUGGUCGUCGAGUCAUGAUCAUCGUUGGAAACCUUGCCAUGUGUGUGACGUACAUCGUCAGUACCGUCCUGAUGGCCGAGUUUCCUGCCUCUGAGGACAAUUCCGGAGCUCACUGGGGAUUCAUCAUCAUGACAUGGUUGUUCAACUUUUGUUUCGCCAGCAUGGGAUCUCUUUCCUGGAUUGUGCCGGCCGAGAUCUUUGACACAGCUACAAGGGCAAAGGGUGUGGCUCUGGCGACCAUGAUAUCCUUCGCGUUGAACACAAUGAUCGGCCAAGUGACCCCUAUUGGAAUGGAGAAUGUGGGGUGGCGCUUCUAUAUUCUCUUCGUCGUGACAAACUUGACGAAUGCCAUCUUCUUCUGGGCCAUGCUGCCAGAGACUAGGAAGCUGCCCCUCGAGGAAAUGAACCGUCUGUUCUCGGAUGCCCCCAUCUUCGUUGGAAGUAGAGACAUGAGCCGCUACACGAUUAAUGAGACAUCCGAGAUGGCAAGGAACAUCGACGACAAGCAGCAUCAACAAGACGGAGAGAGGAUUCAUGUUGAGUAG